GUCCUCUGAUCCUGGCCACCACUAGCACCAUCUCCGACGCCACCCCAGACGACGACGACGACCAACACAAACCGACGACGAGAAACUCGACUAGCUCUUGGAGUGGUACUCAGCCAUGGCGGAAGCAACUUGUCACAAGCACCGCAGUGCAGAGGACCCUCCCUCAUUCUGGCAAAACGGUGACGCCGUCUUCCAAGCCCACCAUGUUGGUUGGAUCAUUUCUGGUACAUUCGCGGCUGUGGCGACCGGAGUGUCCUUCUGGCUCAUCGACAAGCAUCUUCAGUGGUAUACAAAUAAGAAAGAACAGCGGUAUAUCGUCCGGCUCCUCUUCCUUGUUCCAAUAUACGCUAUAAUCAGCUUUGCAUCGUUCCUCUUCUGGAACCAGUCCACCCCAUUGAUUCUUGUUAGAGAUGCAUACGAGGCUAUCGUCCUUACGGCGUUCUUUUACCUGCUUCUUAACUAUCUGUCGCCUGACCCCGAAGAACAGAAGAGGGUUUUUCUCAAGGCUGGUUUGUCCCAGGUCAAUGACGCCGCGCGCCUGCAGAGAGGCGAGAAGCUUCAGAAAUGGAUGUGGCCAAUGGGAUUUGUCAAGUGGAAACCAAAGGACGGCCUAUACUUUUUGCAACUCAUGAAAUGGGGCAUUCUCCAAUACUGCGUCAUACGUCCUGUAGCCACUCUUGUCGCUGUCAUAUUGGACUACGUUGGUCUGUACUGCGAAUCGUCGUGGGCGCCUGGCUGGGGACAUCUCUGGAUUGUUCUCAUCAUCUCCGUCUCAGUAACCAUUGCUAUGUACUGCCUAUUGCAACUGUACUUUCCAGUCGACAAACAGCUCAAGCCUCAUCGACCUGUUCUCAAGCUCUUCGCGGUCAAAGCUGUUGUCUCGUCGGCGUUGUCAAAGAUGCAGGUGCUCGCCUCUACCUUGGUUGUGCAGCCUCUUACGACUCUCCAGGGUAAAUACAUGACAGCAGAAGACAUCAACAUCGGCAUAAGGGCUUUGUUGGAGACUUUCGAGAUGAUGAUAUUUGCAUUCCUCCACGUGAAAGCGUUUACUUACAAGCCGUAUCGUCCAUACUACAAUACGGAAUCCAAGGAUUCCCCUCCGAACAGGACUCCGCGGUUGCGGUCGCUGGGACAUGUUCUCGACUUUCGGGAGACGUUCCGUGAGAUAUGGAUCGGCUGUAUCUACCUCUUUGAUAAGAUGAGAGGAAGGGAGCCUACUCCUGACUUUGGCGUUCGAAGAGCUGCCCACUACGAAGAGGCCUUUGGCAGGCCCCGACCAUCAGUGCCCCCUCAGAAGGCGGCAAGGAAAUCAAAUGCUCCUAAGAAGAUGCAGAAACCAAGGCCUGGUGAACCCAUGGACAUCACAAUUAAUCAACAGGUCGAAGUGGAAGUGGGGGGCGAAAGGCAAUGGCUGGGUAUAGGCGAUGACUAUGGCUAUGGCCUGGGUUAUUUCAGGCGGGAAAGGAGCGAAGGUCUUAGUGCGCAAAUCGAGAAAGAACUACAGAAUCGAGGCUACUCAAGUGAUUCAGUCCAAGGCAUUCAAGACGCUGUCCCGCCAGAGCGCGGGCAACCAAGCACGGAGCAAGUCAAGCGAAGGCGGUCGGGUUCAUGGUGGCGCAAUCUAUAUGAUCGAAUCUCCCAAACCGGGCAUGAAGAUGAUACCAACGAUACUUCUCUGACUCCCUCUAUGCCCCGGAGACUACAAUCCAAGCCAACCCGGUCGCGUCGGCAUAGCGAAAUGCAACGAAGUUUACUUCAGGAUACAGAGCACGAUCUCAAUGAUCCUCCGCCAGUUUCUUCCUUCCGACGACCAACGGGUCUUCCCGUUCCAGUCAUACGUCAGACACCCAGCUCUGGUAACGAUUAUGCCUCAGGACAAGAGAACGACGUACUUGCUCCGUUGUCUUCGUAUCGCGAACGGAGACGGUCCUACCGACCAAGACGUCAACGGGGCGAUUCCUCCUCUGCGCUUCUGCCUCAGCCAUCCCCGCCAUCUCCUCCGCCCCACUCCAACCCAGACCGACGAUCAGACGGGGAGCAUCAUCACGAUAUGAGGGAGCUGGGUGUGCGCCAGCCGCACGAGUUUCUUUCAAUCCCUGCAUCGAACAACCGCUCCGACAGCCUUCUCAAUCGCCUCUUUCCUCCGUCCGAGGCGGGAUCAAUGAACGACCUAACGCGGGAAACAGAUAGCGGAUAUUCAAUGUCUGUGGGCGAUCAUCACCUCCAUCAGCCUCGAGGGCUUCCCAGCACCACUUUCACAGGUGGGCGCUUUGACUCAUCGUCAUCUCUAGAAGGAGUGACGGGAGAUAAGCGGCUACAGGUGCUAGAGAACGUGGUACAUCCGUCCAGGAGCAUGGCAGAAAUGCACACUCCGUGGACCGCUGAUAUCAUUGGUCUUCAUUCCCAAACCAGCCUCAACCCAGAUCAACCCCCUGUCCCACCAGCGAAGGACUACAUCCCUUUGCCUCCACGACGAUCUCAUCGACGGGAAUCAGCGCACCAUCUGUCUCGCGACAUGGAUACAGAUUCCCUACCUUCGCUACCUGAGGGAGUGCAAUUCAUUCCCCCCAGCCCUCCGAGUCGAACUCCUUUCGACUCGCCUUCGCCAUCUACGGCUUCCUUUGCGUCUUUCUCUGAACAGAGCGCCCUCAGCUUGGUCCCAGAACCCAGAUCUCCGCCCAUUUCACGUGUGCGAGGCGCUCGCAGACCACCCGCUGAUUCUGGCGGGAUGCUGUCGCCCAAUAGCAACAGACCCAUAAGUCAGCGCCAUUCUCGAUCCAUUGCAACCCCAGCACAUUCGCCGAGGAGCAGUGGGCAUUCCCUCAAUACGGACCCCUAUACUAGUCCACCCGGCCCCGCUUCUAGGAUUGGUUCUGACAGCCAAGAUCGGUUGAGGCCACCUCCAGCUCUUCGACGAGUUCAAUCGACCGAUUCUGAUAACUUAUCUGAUGUUUCUGCAAACACUUUUUAUACUGCCGUUUCUCAUGGCUAUGAUUCGACACAGACUUCACGACGAUGA